AGUCCGCCAAUCAAACCUCUCUCCUUCCGCGCGAAGUUAACCCCUUCUCCUCCCUAGUCAAAACAAUUCAACUCCCCUUUCAAACACUGAACUGCUUCUCUCAGUGUGCCCGAUCACUAUCUUCUUCAAGUUCACGACGACGAAGACUCCCACAUCUCUGCUCUCUUUGCCGAUCCGGAAGAGGGGAAAGCGACCGGCCCUGCUGCGACGCUAAUGGACGCACAGUACAUAUAUUCCUCUGCCUCCUCCUCCUCGAUCAGCCCUCCAGCAACAAACUCGAGUGCCGGGUAUUCUCGGUCUGGAAUCGACGUUGAAGCGAAACCUCUGCAUUUCCCUGCCAAUGAAGCCGUCAGCGGAGCUGCUGCUGCUGCGGGGUCAUCACAGACGAGGAGUUACCAGAGGAUAAGUCAGUGCGAAAUCUGUGCAGAGAAGAAGCAGACUUGUGAGAUGAUGAGAAUCAACAAGAAGUGUGUCCAUUCAUUCUGCUCGGUCUGCAUAGCGAAGCAUGUCAAGACCAGAGUCGCAGAUAACCAAGUGACCGUCCCAUGCCCCGGGCUUGACUGUGAACAUAAAGUCGAGUUUGAAGUAUGUGUAGGUAUUCUCCCGAAGGAUGUUCUGGAUGCCUGGGACAAGAAACUGUGCGAGGCUUUGAUCCUCGAAGAUCACAAGUUCUACUGCCCCUUCAGAGAUUGCUCGGCGAUGCUAGUGAAUGACUGUGAAAAGGUGAUAGAGCAGAGUGAGUGCCCGCACUGCCACAGGCUGUUCUGUGCCCAGUGCCGUGUGCCGUGGCACACAGGAGUAGCGUGCAUGGAAUUCCAAGCGCUGAACGAGGACGAGAGAGGGAGUGAUGAUCUCUUGCUGAGGAAGCUUGCCAAUGAGAAGAACUGGAGAAGGUGCCCGCAGUGCAAGUUCUUUGUGGAAAGGACUCAGGGUUGCCCGCACAUAAUCUGCAGGUGCAAGUUUGAGUUCUGCUAUGGAUGUGGAUCAGCAUGGAGUGAAAGUCAUGGAGGUUGCGCCAGGAACUAAUUGUGUUGGGCAUGGAUCAAAGUUCUGCUCCAAAGAUUGCCAGUCGAGUCGUGGAGAAAUUGGGAUACUGUUCUGCCAGCGCUGGUCUUUUGCUGAAUUUCUUAACUUAUAUGCUUUUCGACUGUUUGUUUUGGAUGUUGAGAGCAAUCCUGAUCGUUGCUCUACUUGUGGAUGAGCUAAUUAGGUUGCUAUAGAAGUCUCAGGCGACCACGACUAAUUAACAUUGCGUAUUAUAUCAGUUAGAGCUCAGAGCUUCAAGUAUCUUUUCGCUAGCACUUCUAAUCUAGACAGCAUGUUAAGCUGCAGAAUUGGCAAUCA